CCUCGUUCCCACCCCCACUCCAAGAAGCCGAAACGGUGGGUUUAGGGGAAGCUUCCCAGCCCGGUAGGUAGGAGCUGCAGUAACAAGGUUAUCAGUUCCACGACAGGUCUGAUCAGAGGUCGGGUCGCCUCCCUCCUCUCCGCCCUGGGCGGAGGCCCCCACCCUACCUGAUCUGGAACCAGUGCCUUUGCCUCUGGGGUGGGGGCGUUUCACGGUUUGUUUUACAAAUUCACCCCCGACUUCUGGCGAGAUAAAUGCCCCGGUGGAGAAAGAACUGAGGCUCCGAAAGAUAAGUGCGAUGCCUGGAGCAGAUACAGGCUGGCGCGCCCCCCUCCAGCUCGCCCACCCCUUGCCCGCAGCGCCACACCGUGCCGGCCCCCGAGGUGAAGGCAGUGGCGUGGAAUGGACAGGCCAGGACCUCUUCGGUCGCUGCAAUCACUUUGUCCAGAGCCUCUACUCUCCCCUCUACACCCUCACAGACAUCCGGGUGGAAUACCGGGAGCCCGCAUCCACACGAAAGAUGAGAUAUAAAAGGCACUCGACCUGUGAUAACCACGCCUAUGCAGCCACACAAUUGGUCCGAAAGCGUCAAAGAGCCAAUCAAGAGGCCUCCGGCUCUCCGCAGCCCACAGCGCAGCCCGACCUUCUAGAGCCGCCGAGCAGACGCCGGGGGAAUUCUAGAGGCGGAGGAGGGUGGCGAGGAGCUCGCGCUCGCCUCUCCGCGCCCUCCCUCGCGCCCUCCCUCUCCUCGCCUGCUCCGGCUCCUUCUCGUUCCCUCUCCCUCUGCUCUCUUCCGUCCUUUGCGUCUCUCCGUUCUCGAUCCUCCCUGCCCCGCGCGCCCGGACGCAGAUUUCGGAAGCGAAAUCGCUCACGGUUUCAGACAAGGCAGAGAGAGACAGGAGACCCGGCAGAGGCGCGCGGCAAGAUUGGGAUUGCAACCGAGACGCCUUCUCCGCAGCUCCGAGCGGAGGAAGGAGGAGGAGGGCGGACGGAAGCCAGUUUGCAUGCAGUUCAAGUUUUGAUAGCGCUGGCUGGAAGGGGCUUAAAUCCGCUUAUGUUGUUGUUUUUCUUAAAGGAGAGAGUUUUUCUGCUCUCUUACUAAAGCCGAGUC